AUGGGACCAGCAGCCUGCGCCGCCGCCGUGCGCGCCCUGGGCGUAGCCGUGGCGGCCGCGCUCCUGGCGUGCCGAUGCGCGGCGCAGCCGUCGGGCUCCGGCUGCAUGCCGGAGCUGGUCAGCCUGUCGCCGUGCAUGGACUACCUGUCGGGCAACGCCACGACGCCCGACGGGCCGUCGUGCUGCUCGGCGCUGUCGGGCAUGCUGGGAUCGAGCCCGGGCUGCCUCUGCAUUGUGCUCGGCGGCACGGCCGCGUCGCUCGGCGUCGCCGUCGACGGCGCUCGCGUGGCGCAGCUGCCCGAGGCGUGCAAGGUCCAGGCCCCACCUGCCAGCCAGUGCAACGCCGUGGGAGCUCCAGCGGCGUCUCCAGCGGCGCUGGGUACUCCGGCCGUGGCGGCGCCGUCAGACGCCAACGCGACCCCUGCAGGGUCUGAAUCGAAGUCUACGCCAGCAUCCACACUUGCAUACUCUGACGGAAACACCGGGAAACCUGCAACGAUCUUCGUCUUCGCCGCCGCAGCACUGGCGCUGCUCUAUCGUUUGUGAGAUGAUGCGAAAGCUUCUUGUGUUCGUCUCCGACGACCGAAUCGUUUCACACGAGCAGCUUGCACAGUUUGGGGUGUUUGUUGCUACAGGAUUCAGAGGAGCAGAGCAUUUUCACUCGAGCAUUUUCUACAUUGUUCACUCGAGCAUUUUCAGUUAGCGAUUAGGCUGCGUCUGUUGACACGUUGAUCUAUACUUCAGAGUUCAGAGGAAGAUGUCACGUUGAUGCGUUG